CCUGGCGUGGAUGACAGACGUGGGACCCGUCUCUCGCUCUGUGCUGCGUUCCUUCAUGCCCUCACAACGAGACCACUCUCUGUGGCUUCAGUCAACUCCAUCUCCUCUGACAACUCCCCCUCUCGACCUGGCUCCAGACAGCUUUGCCCUAGAGCCUCUCCUGCCAAAGAAGUUGCACUGCAAGUCCCAGGAUAAGCUGGAGCGCGACGAGUCGGAGAGGGAGAGGAAGGACAAGAAGAAAGAGAAGAGGAACAGUAAACACCAGGAGAUCUUUGACAAGGAGCUGAAGACCACUGACAUCUCCCUGCAGCCCGCCGAGGCAGUCAUACUGUCAGAGACGAUCAGCCCACUGAGGCCUCAGAGACCAAAGAGUCAGGUGUUGAACCUGUUGAGUGGAGACCGCCGUCUCUCUGUGUCCCCGGACCCCCAGCCCCAUUCCUCCCCGGGCCCCCACCCAUCACCCCCAGGAACAAACUGUCCUUCAGCCUGCUCACCGUCUCCA